UGCAGAGCUGUGCGAAAAGUUGCUCCUCCGAAAAAUGAGGCCUAUCUUCUGUGGGAAUUUUGAGUAUGAUGCCAGACCAUCUGAAUUGGAAAGACUUUUCCGCAGAUAUGGAAAAGUCGAUAAGGUGGAUAUGAAGUCUGGUAAGUGCCUUGUCUCCACUGCAUGUAUGACUACUACUUCAAUCUUUUUGCUUCUUUUUGUUCUUUCUAUGUUUGUUCACCUGUCUGGUCGCUCAAUCAAAUUGAUGAAUCUGGCAAACCUGAAUUUUUUCUGUGAUGAAUGUGGGGCGAUUCCAAUCAGGUCACCAUCAAUUGGCUUGGUAGUUUCUCUUCUAUGCCAUUAAUUUAUUUACUUUAUCACAUUGGUAAAAUCCUUCCGUGGAACUUUAUCCAUUUCUUUCUCUGGGUUGAGAGAUAAUCAUGGAAGCAGAAGUAGAGUCAUUUAAGCCUGAAUUUGCAGGUGGGUAAAUUCUGUUCACAAUUUUUUUCGUAAAAUUGUCAUCUUAGAGGGUUCAUCAUGAAAGGGUUUAACUUCUUAAAGACGUGAUAUUACCGGUUAAGAGAAACUUAACUCGAAGCUGCUGGGCUUUCUUCUACUCUAAGAAGCACUUUGGCCCAUCUGCAUAGUUCAGGGUGAAUGCUGUGUACAGAAAUAUAUUUCCCUCUACGAGCUAAGUAAGCAAUUCACAAAGGUGCCUGUGUUCUCUACCACGGAGCUGAUUGGUUGGAGUCAAGGGUACCAUCUCAGAGGGAUUCAGUUCUCUUCAGUGCCAGCUUGCAGCUGUUUGACUGGAUGACUCAACUUGUGCAUCUCCUUCUGAAAUCUUCCGUGAUUGAGUUUUAGAUGGGGGUUCAGAGAAAAAAGAAUAUUUUAUGUGGUGUAAACCCCCAUACUCAAUAUUUUCUUUGACGCAGGAUUAACUUGGCAUAAUCAUAUACCUCUCGGCUAAUGGAUGGCUCUUCAGAAUCCUGUUUCCAUGCCUGGAAUGAGCUUCCUCUUCUUGUUAUUAAGAAGAGAUACUCUGAUCCGCAAAUGGCACUACCAUCCCACACUUUAUUCAGAUACCAUUGCUUUUACCAUGUCAUCACAUUCCUCCAGCCUUGAGUUUCAGACAUGUUUCAAGGUCGAAACAUACAUUGCCGACUCCACUCGCGGAAGAAGCUGAAUAGAUGGAGAAGGCACGCAUUUACAUUGACCCAUUUGAGACAUCCACAUUUGCGUUGUUGUUCCUUGACAUCACUUAGUCCAUCUCACAAGGAUUCGCUUUUGUCUACAUGGACGAUGAGAGAGAUGCUGAAGAUGCAAUCCGUGGACUGGAUCGGAUAGAAUUUGGUCGAAAGGGACGCAGGCUUCGUGUGGAAUGGACCAAGCACGAACGUGGCGUUAAAAAGCCUGGUGGUUCAAGGCGAUCCUCAACUAACGGGAGACCCUCAAAGACCUUGUUUGUUAUUAACUUUGAUACUUAUCAGACCAGAACUAGGGAUCUGGAGAAGCACUUUGAGCCAUAUGGGAAGAUCGUCAGUGUUAGGAUUAGAAGGAAUUUUGCAUUCGUCCAGUAUGAGUAUCAAGAGGAUGCUACAAAAGCGUUGGAUGCUACAAAUAUGAGCAAGCUGAUGGAUCGAGUGAUAUCAGUGGAAUAUGCUGCUCGAGAUGAUGAUGAUAAGAAAGAUGGGUACAGCCCAGACAGAGGUCGUGGUAGGUCACCUGAAAGAGGUUAUGAUAGGAAGCGCUCCCCUAGUCCCUAUAAAAGAGAGAGAGGUAGCCCUGAUUACGGUCGAGGUGCUAGUCCUUAUCGAAGAGAAAGGGGAAGUCCUCAUUAUGGUCGUGAAUCUAGCCCGAUUGACCGUCAGGCACAGAGAGUAAGCCCAGACUACGGUCGAGGUUCUAGCCGCAGUCCUCGUCGAAGGGAGAGAUCUCUUUCUGGGGGUAGCCGCAGCCGCAGCCGAAGCCGAAGCCCAUAUAAGAGGCAGGUGGUCAGCCGAGGCAAUGGUCGGGACCAUAGCCACAGCCCGUAUGAAAAACCAGCAAUGGGACCUAACAACAGUCCUGAUCGCAAUAAGAGCCCCGACAGGGAAGAGGAAAGCCCUGAAAAUGGUCGUGAGCCCCCUACAGAUCAUAACGAGGAUGUUGCCCGUGAUGUUGGUGUAGAAAGUCCUGCAUCAGGUGGACGCCACAGCUAUUCACCUGCAGCAGAGGAUUGAAGUUUGUGCUGGCAAGUGAAGAAGGAAUUUUUACCUAGUUACAUCACUGUCUUUCAUUAGCGGUCAAGUUUUUAAUUUUGUUCUUUCUUUGAUGACUGCUUCGGAUUAAAGUGUUAGUGGAAUCCAAUUAAGACCUGCGUAGUAGCUAUUGCGGAUAGAACUUGACUGUUGUAAGUUUCUUUCAUUUCAGGGAGAUUUAAAAGUCCUUUCAAAUUAUGAUGAA